UCAAGCCGUGUUGGGACGUGGGCGCGAUGUUGUAUUAGGCUGUAUGGUCGAAGUGGACGUGUUACCAGUAGAGGCAGAUGACGAAGAUGUCCAGGGUGCAGAGGCAGGAACUUGCAUUGGAGCUAUCAUGGCCCAUGCCUUGAGCGAUGAUGAAGAAGAGGUCAAAGGUGCCCACCAUGGUCGACCACAUCCUCCUGGCAGAGCAACCGCAGAAAAGCAACAGAGAGGUCCACACCCUCAAAUUAGCAAACUGCUUGCUAGCCCCAGGCGCUACACGGAGUUGCGCGAGUAUGUGAAAUACCAAGACUUUUGGCGAGUGCCUCAUUUCUUCAGAGACAUGGAGGCAGAUCUGGAGGAUGAGGAAGAGUACAUCGAGUCGUUGCAUAUGCCAGAGGAGGACGAGCCGAAACGGCGGGUACGGCUUCUAGCCCAAAGUGAGAGAGAGUUUCUCAUCCAGGGCUUGCGGCAGCAGUUUCAAAAAGCUACGGCCGCUUACUUGACAGCAGCUGCGGCAGCACCAAACAGCCGACCGAAGGAGCAUUUGGAAGACUUGGAGCGGAUCAAGCAGGACAUUGCCAAUCUGAGCCAUCCUUAUGUUUUUGUGGAGGCUUGAAGAGUUGGUGGCGCAGUGCUGCGGAUCACUGCGGAAUGCCGUGCAGAUGAUUUUUCCGAUGAGCUGUGUCACCCGCAUCAAAGAAUCCGGUCCCAUGAAUUCAAUGCAUGCAUGAUGCUCGGAA